AUGACCUACGUCGACAUCUCUCAGAAUGUCAACCGCAUGGCCAGCAGCAUAGCGGAGUCGCAUGUCGUUCCAACGAUUCUUCCUGGGAGCAAGAUAUGGUCGACGGAGAAGCGUCGACUGCUGAUCGGCGAUGAGAUGAUGAUGUUGCAGGGAUUCCCGAUCCAUGACUUGCCGUUCGUGAUUGAUCUUACGCAGCAUCAGCUGAGCGAUCUGGCAGGCAACAGGAGCAGUAUGGGUGACUAUGAAGACGUUCGUGGUGCGUCUCAUUCCUUGUCCGAUCUGUUUUCCUACGCCUCGAUCGUAAUCCGGCUUGGGGUGAUGAGCUUCGACGUGGCCUACAUCUCCAUGUGCGAUGCGUAUGACUCCAACAUGAUGGCGUCGGUGCUGAGCCAGUUUCUUCCCCCCAGCCCGCUGCGCGUGGGCGUGCAGGAAGAGCUUCUGAAGCUCGAGGUCUUCCCGCUGCAGGCUGUCGAAGAUGCCACGAAUGGCUUUCACAUUGUCACCUGGUAUCUUGGCAUGGCCGGAGCACUUUCCCUGUUCUUCAUCUACGUCUUGUCGGAGGCCAUGGCGCUGUCCGGCCUCAUGCAGUACGGCCUCCUGGGCCUUGGGGUCCAUUUUGGGCUGGACCAGUGGGACGAGGCCCUGAACCACACUGCGAUCCGCCGCAAAGCGCAGAACGAAAUCCGAAGCAAAUUUAUCGACGACGCCGAAGUCCCUUUUGCCCAAGGCCCCAACCCUUCUUAUCAAGGACAUCAAGGUUAUGGAACUUCAUCUCCCCGCUACGCGACCUAUGAGAAGGGCUUUUCGAUGGGCUCAGCCUCCGACUUCAACAGCACCCGCCUGGAGUCCUACCCGCGCUACGUCGAGGUUGCUGACACUGAAAACUUUGAGGAAGAGGAAGCUGAGGCCGUAAGAGCGCUUGCAGAGAAGCUGGCGAACGAAGAAUCACCCGGUGCGUUGCUGGAUCGUGCGAUCUUCGAGUGA